AUUGAACAUUUAUAUCUUACUUUCAUUAUACAAAAAGGAAAGAUUUCUGGAUCUUGCAAAAUAGUGCAGCCAGAUUUUCAAGCCAGCGAAUAAGACUGUAGAAGAAUACAGUUUAACUUUCUAUAGCUCAUUUCGCAAAGGAAAUAACAAUAAAGUCUUUAAUACAAGUGGCUGUCUGUAUGACAAAUAUUUAAAUCUUCGUCAGAAACUUGCAUCAGCCAAGUUAAUCGCUAAAGAAGAUUUAUCGCCAAAUGAUAUUGUAUACUACAACUUUGUUUUUUCAAUAUCACACAAAUUUUUCGUUAUAUAACUCAGUUUGUUUUAUAGAUAUUCAGAUAAACCUUGUGGAAAAAGAUGUAGAGUGGCUCCAAAACAAUAGUGAGCCAAAAGAUGAAGUCAUAGAAAAGUGGAAGAACACGUUGACAAAUAGAAUUUAUUGUAAAAAAGUUGCACAGUAUUUUGCGCUUUACACGUGCUUGAACUUUAGUUUUGGACAUUUGCUGUUAUCUAGUGACUUUGACAAACAUUACCCGGACAUUAGAAGUAAGUUUAUAGAUACUUGGGACGAUGUAGCAGAAAAUAUCAUCAAGUAUGCUCGGACCAAACAAAAAUUAUUACAAGAAGACGACGAAUUAAUUGAUUUAGGAAAAAGUUGUAUAGUGGCAUUUCAUUGCAUUCCUAGAUUAUUAGGUACUAUUGUAAGUACAAAGAGGGAUCAAAAUGGAGAAUUUAUUGCUACGUUUGGAACCACUAUAAAAGAAGUUACACAGUCUUUUAUCGUUAAUGUUGAGACAGAAGAAGAGUUAACCGAAUUCCAAGAAAAGAGAGAUCGUCUCGCGUUACUUACAGGGAAUAAGGUAAUAGGUCCUUAUGUAGCAUGCGUUGGUGAUUUCAGCCUUGAAGGAGGCCUUGAUAAUGAUAUAUAUAUAUAUAUAUAUAUAUAUAUAUAGACACACACACACACACACACACACACACACACACACACACACGUCGUUAUCAACAAAACAAAAUUCGAAAUUGAAUCGAAAAACAUCAUUGAAGCAGUAGAUUACUGCUAUAAAAGUGUCUUCGCAUUGCGAACUGAUUUCUCAAAUGAAUGCAAGCACGUUUGGAGUUUUUUGCAAAGAUUUGUUUAUAAUAAUGAAUUAAAUUCAUGCCAGAAAUAUAGGAUAGUUGAUAAAUUAAUUUAUGGAUUAGAAAAUCAAUAAAUUUAAUUUAAUAUAAGUGAAAUCAAAAUCAGUAUUGUAUUGUCGGUAUUAUUAUGAUUUUAAAUUUUAUUCUUUACCUUUUAAAAAUGACUUCUUUUAUAUAAUAACUAUU